GCCAUACCUGGGGUCCGUGUUGUACAAUGUGCCAGCUGAGGAGCGGCUGCAGCCCUGCCUGGACUGCGCUGUCACCACCAUUCUCUGGGAACUCACCUGGCACCAUGACAUCACUUCCCUCUGGCUGGACUCUGCGGCUCCUGGGGACCCUGGUACUCAUGCUGCUGCCCGGGGGAGCUCUCAGUUAUUGUGUUGAUCCACCUGACAUUCCCAAUGCUAUUCUGAAGAGUAGUGUUGGCACAUUGAUUCCAGCUGGGAAGGUGAUUAAAUAUGGCUGCCGCCCAGGUUAUAAGCUGAUCGCUGGACUAAGGCAAGGGCAUGUUACUUGUCUUCAAAAUUCGACAUGGUCUUCAGCGCCGAACUUUUGUCAGAAAGUUCGUUGUCCAGCUCCAGAUGUUAACAAAGGAACACAGACACCGAUGCCUAGACCUGGAGAGGAGACCUAUGCGUUUGGGGACAGAGUUACAAUUAAAUGUGAUUUUGGAUAUGAUAUCAAAGGCAGGAUCAUCGGAAAUGCUCAGAUUAGCUGCAAACAUGAUGGCACAUGGGAUCCUGCCGUACCAGUUUGUGAACCAGUUCUAGUUUGUGCCCAACCCCCGAACAUCUCCCACGGCCAGCACAGUGACUGGGGCAAGAGAGUUUUUUUUUUUGGCUCAUCGGUAACUUACAAAUGUGACAGAGGCUUCUCACUUGUUGGAAAAGCCUCCAUUCAGUGUAUCGCUGGUGAUGAGGUCACUCCAACCUGGAGCGAGCCUACCCCUCAGUGCGAAGAGACUCAGUGUCCAGACCCACAUAUUCAACAUGGAAGCCUGAAAUCUCCACUUCCACAUAACUAUACACACAGAACCAGUGUAACGUUUCAGUGUGAUCCUGGUUACAUCCUCAGGGGCGCUGAUAGGAUUCAAUGCCAAGCUGAUGGCAAGUGGUAUCCGCAGCUACCCGUUUGUGACCUAGAGACUCAGUGUCCAGUCCCACAUAUUCAACAUGGAAGCCUGAAAUCUCCACUUCCACAUAACUAUACAUACAGAACCAGUGUAACGUUUCAGUGUGAUCCUGGUUACAUCCUCAGGGGCGCUGAUAAGAUUCAAUGCCAAGCUGAUGGCAAGUGGUAUCCACAGCUACCCGUUUGUGGCCCAGGUUCUGUGCUGAAAACAGCUGGCAUCUCUACUGAGUCUGAAGUUAAAGAUAUAAUUACCCAGGGCAAACCCACAACUGUCCCUCUCGAAGGAGCAGAAAUAACUGGUACUUCCUCAGGUUCUGUGCUGAACCCAGCUGGCAACUUUGCUGAACCUGAAGGGGAAGGGCUUGUCAUAGUCAUUGCAAUAGGCAUUGGCACCGGUAUAGGUAUCGUAGUUCUUGGUGCAGUUCCUGCAAUUAUAGCAUCGGCGAUUUUGAAGAAAAAUAGGAUGAAGGUCGAUGUUAGCUAAUGGCUUACAAAUUAACAGACAUAAUAUUGGAAGAAAAGAAUGGAAAAGUUAGGAAAUAAGCUUCAUACAUUUGCACUGAAUUUCUGUAGUGAAAAUAGACCCCUCUCUGGCAACCAGAGUUCCUUUCACUACAACUUUUCUCCUUUGAACUGGAAUUGUAAUCGGAAUCCACUACAUUUGAAAAAAGCAAAAAGAAAAAGGGAAGUGGAUCAUCCCUUUUGUCUUUAAAAACUGGUUUCUGAAGCAAGCAAAAGCAUCAAAAUUACUUGCUGUUCUGUACACAUGGCUGACUCCUUAUUCUGCCUCUCCAUAGUGCUAAAUGUUUCACCUGUUAAAGAACAUGUUGGCCAUCUGAGUGUGGCAUAGUUUGGAUUGUGGGUUUUAGCUGCAGGUGGCAAGAGAGCCUGUUUAGAUGCCUGCUUACAGGCUUCCAUCAUGAAGUGCAUAAUGUUAGUCUUCAAACCCAAAUGUAAAGAUGCCAGACUCUAAAAGGAAUGUUGUAGGUUCUUGAUGUGACCUUUCUUCAGAUUUAGUCUUCAUCUACAGAUUUUUGUUGAAGUGAGAAUCUCUUCAGAUAAAUCCACCUUUUGUUCCCAGCUCUAUAGCUUCGGUUUCUUUUUACAAAUUUUCUCUUAGGGGAGACACUAUAUAUCAGAGUGAAGUGUUUGAAUUUACAUGGGGUUCCAGAGAUGUUCAGAAUACUCAUCACUGAGUUUUUAAUAAAAUUUACUGAAAAUAAGGCAUCUUGUUUCUUUCCCUACAAUCAACUAGCACUUUAUAAGAAGUAAGCAAUAAGAUCAAAAGUGUAUUCCAUAGCAAGUUCUCCAGUGGUUUAGUGACUAAAUUAAUUUUAUGUUUUAAUCAUCAAAAAAUGUCUUUGGAGGUCUGAAAACAAGCUUUUUAAAUUCAGGAAAUGGCACUCUCUGCUGGUAAAAUAGAGGUGAUUGUAAUCCAAUACAUUAUUAUAAAUUUAUUUUAUAAUUUAAAACAUGUUGUUUAUAUUCUUUUUUAUAAUCACAACUAUGUUGAGUUUUGUUUAGCAAUAUGCAUCAAUCUUUGAAACUGUAACUGAAGGAAUUUGUGGGAUUUAUGUAAUCUUUUUAAUGUUUUUUUUAAAUAAAAGGAAUACUGAAUGAAGAUUCUAAUAUCCUGUCUUUUUCCAUACUUAUUACUAUAAACUGAUUAUUUACAGGUGAUGUUGAAAUCUAGCCUUCUAUCCAGAUCCAGACCUCAGCUACGAGUCCUGCUGAUUUUUUUGGCAAUGAAGUAGCAAAAAGAAAGGUUAAGAAUGUUGGAACUGUGAAAACAAUCUCUUAUUAUUUCUAGUUAGGAAAAAUGAGCCUUGCAGCCUGUCCCAAGGGGCACAAUGAAGCUAUUGCGAUCCGAGUGUCUCUCUAAUCUGGUAGCUUUGGAAUUAGGUUUCUCUGAAAGGCCAAGAAGGAAUAUUUAAGGAGAGGGAUGGGCAGUGACUAGGAGAUUUUGGAGUCACAUUUCCCAUCAAAGGUGUGUCUCCUUUGACGAGGUGCUUUGAAAUGUGUAACUAUUUAAAUAUCUCCCACAUUCGGUCACAGAUGAGACCUUCAAAUGCAGGUUCCACAGGGAAGGAAAUGACGAAAGGAAGGGAUCAUAAGACUGAGGAAGGACGCUUGUGUGGUUAAACUACAGGAAGAGUAGAGAGACGCGGGUGUUUCCAACUCUGCUUUUGGCUCUACUGCAAAUUGCUUUAUUUAUUUGUACUGCAGUAGCACCGAAGAGCUCCAUUUGUGUACCAGGACUCCAUUGUGUGAGGUGCAGCACAAACACCGAACAACAACCAGUCUGUUGUAGCUACCUCAAUACCCA